UUAAAUCUUUCAAAAACAGUGCGCGGGGUGCAGUUGGUAAAUGCAACACAAGCUGAACCGAUACAUUGAUCAAUAACUGCUUCUCAGGCUGUGGUUAUGAGGAGCAGCUCAGCAAUUUUUCAGCCGUGAGGACAUUUGCUGCCAAUACCGAGGGAGUCAAGAGCCGACAUGAAGUGUUUGAAAGUGGACGAAUACAUCAAGAGGACAGCUUCUGUUGAAGAGACGAAGCUUUUGUAUCAGGAAUUUGAGAAAUAUGCGAAUAGUAAACCUGGACCUGGACAGGUUCGCCUACUGUGUGACCGGAUUAUCAGAGCUUGUAACAAUCAGCUUGGAUUUGGAUCCUGUCACUCUCACCACAUCAAUGAGCUGGUGAAGCUGGUGGAGCUGGCUAUUCAUGCCUAUUAUCGUUCUGCAGAGUUUGUGCCACAGAGAACUCCGUUAUAUAUGGAGAAGAUCCUUUUCCAUAUUGUCAAGAACCUUUGCUCUCUAGAGGCUCACACCCUUUGCAGUGGUGUGGCUGGAUUGCUUUACAGCAAGCUGUCCGCACAGCAACAGGCUGGAGAGGAUUACAUCGUUCUUGUGCGGAGCUGUUUCUCUGUGUUUUGGAAUGGCCUCUCUCUUGCUAAAGAAAGAAAAACUUUGAAUCCUCAGGAAAAACUACGAUGGCAGAUUCAAACAUUGUGCUUCUCACUGUUGAUGGACUCAGAAAUUGCAUUUCCUGCUUUUUUUAAAACUUCAGUAUACAUGCAGGAUGCCAUCACUUCGUUUGAGAGUUGCCGCGGCGCUCUGACCACGGAGGAUUCCUUAUUUCUUCUGCAGGAAAUACGAACUCUUUUUAACAGAACCUUUGCGGACAGUCAACCCCGUGAAGAGGAGGAGGAAAAACAGUGUAUAGAGACAUCACGUUUUUAUGUGCUUUCUGAAAUGAUGAUGCCUGCAGUGAAGUCUGUUUGUAAGGCCGGCCACCACAGUCUAGCCCUCACCUUCUUGGAUGAAAUGGAGAAGAGGAUUUUGAACUGUGUUGGCUUUCAGUGGAUACCGCUGGUUCUUGCCAAAUGGGGAGUAAAGAUUCAUUCAGCGAUGAAGGCUGACAAAGAAAGUAGCCAGGCUUUAACAGAAUGUGCUAGAACCUUGAGGUCUCUUUCAGCUAAGCUGGGCUAUAGAGAGGGUCACGCUGUUCUUGAAGGUUGUAAUCUGGUGGUAUGGGCUGUUGAAACCGGUCACACCAAAGAAUUGAGUGGACCAGAGCUGCUGGCGCUGUUUUCAUUUCUGGAGGAGCAUCAAGAGCGGGUAUUGGAAAUGCUUAAAAAGGAUUCAACAUGUCAGGCUGAGGCGGACAGGUUGCGGAAGUCCCUUUGUUGCAACAUUUACCACAGCUUUGGGUUUGCCCAUGACAGCAUGAUGGCAUCACAGCUGGAGGACUGUGACACACUGGAGAGGGUUCUGCUCUACUGCCAAGCAACAGCUGGACUGCUGAUGGUUGAACUUCGCAAGCUGUCAAGUGAAAACCUUUUGAACAAAUCAGUGAUUAUAGUGAGCAACGUGGCUUGCUGCAUGUUCAACCGACGCCUGUAUGAGCAGGCCUUCACGCUGGUGGAAAUCAUCUGCAGGGAUCUGUGCAAGAAUAUCACAAGCCCUCUUUCUGCUGACAGAGUAAAUCGGAUCUUCAUGCUUGCUGUGCAAUCUUCGCGGCGGGCUGGAAAACUGGAGCGAGCACUUGACUGGAUCAUCCUGUGGCUGAAGGCCCUUGGGGACAAGAUGGUAAUUCAAAUGGCUGAACCCGUCUCUCUGUGGGUGAAAACAAAGGCCGAGGGCGCCCGUAACGAUGACGAGGACAUAAGACUAAAGACGUUACGGGAUGGUUUUGGAUCUGAUGUCCCUGAGGAGAAGGUCAUGCUGUGCCUUUUGGAUGAAGAGUUGCGUGCCUAUAAGGAGUCGACAAGGGACAUGGCUGAAGAACGUUACAACACACUCUGUGAUUUAUUGGACAUCUGCCAUGAGGAGAGUUCUUACACCCAUCUACGUGCUGUCUACCUCUGCGAAAUGGCUCAAGUGGUGUGCUUCCAGGACUUCAGUGAGCAAACUGACUGCACAGCAGUUGAUUUCACCCAUGAAGCUUUACGGCUUUUUGAAGAACAACCAGAGACUUCAGGAAAUGCUGAUGGGCUGAAAGAUGACAAAGCACAAGCCUUACUCUGGCUUUAUAUCUGCACCCUGGAGAAGAAUCUGCAGGAGGCCAUUGAGAGUGAUAAAAAACGGAGAGAGCUGCGUGAAAAGACGCAUUGUGUGACUAAUCCUAUAGGCAACAAUGAUUUUGAUUAUGAAGACGAGCAAAAGACACAGGACAGAACUCUGGUGUACGAAGGGCUCCAUUUCAACCUGUCUGCAGCAAAUGAGCUUUGUAAGCCGCUGGAAAAAGCUCUGAAUAUUUGGACUGACCUUUUUAAGAAUCGAGCCGUGCCUACUGUCAGAAACGCUAAGCAGACCUGCAGCUCCAUAUCUGUUGCAGCAGCUCUCUUCAGACUCAUUGGGAAGCCCCUGAAGGCUUUGGAGGCGUACCAUCUUGGGAUUAAAUUUUGCCGUGAACUCGCUGAUGCUCGUGGUUGUGCUGCUGCUCUCUGUCAGUCAGCCAGCAUCCUCCUGGAUUUGGGCUCCCCUGACCUGGCUCUGGCCAAGAUAGAGGAAGCUGAGAAAAUGCUUACUUCAGACACCAAAGAUGAUGGUCCUUCAUCCCUCUUCAUGCUGGUUGUCUUGUUAAAGGCGCAGUACCUCUACAGCAUCGGACAGGUCAGCUUGGGAGUCCCUUAUCUGUGUCAGGUACUGAAAGAAGUAAAUGACCACAGACACUCAAAGGCCUGGUACCUGCUGCGUGCAAAGGCCCUGCAGGCCUGCAGCUCCUAUUUGAAUUCAGAUGUCAUUCAGCUGCCACAAGCCCAAAGAAGCCUCAUCACGCAGCACGGUAUAGGUUCUCCUGAUUCUGCCCUAUAUGAGGGAUUGAAGCUUCUUUGCAGCUUGCUGGUCACUUUAGUGGGAAAAGGCCUGUAUGGGAACACCACUAAUAAUGCAGAAGUGCACUUCGUCCACCAAGGAGACAACCUGGUGCUGAAGUGGGAGCUGCUCUCAGAACUCCUGAGCUGCUCUGCAAAGCUGGUCGCUGUGCGGAGCAGCUCUGGGGCCAUCAACGAUGCCAGACUCCAGUGUUUAGAAGCCCUGAAACUGGCCAUCAAACUGCAAGCCCUUAACCAAUGUGUUGAGCUCUUGGUGAUUAAAGCAGAAUUGGAGCUGAUGCAGGGCGAAACGGAAGAAAGUCGAACAGACCUGACUUUCGUUAGAACUCUCCUGGAGCAUGGUGCAGUUUUGUCGGAUCAAGUUAAAAGGGCAGAUGUUAAAAUCAAACCAAGAAAGGGUCGUCCUGCUCAAAGACCUCAGUCCCCCGUUCCAUUCACGGAAAACGAUCUAAAGGACAUCCUGAGCACCAGAUGGAGUGCCAAAGAAGUGGUGAUGAACGACGUGGCCUGUUCCCCGCCCCUUAAAUCUCCGCCUCUGCGCUGGCUGUCCUGUCUGACUCAUGAAUCUGACUGUCAGCUGUCAUGCUGCUCAGAGCCGUGUUUAGGCCGAGCCUCUGCUCGCUGGGCAUUAACACAGGCGGAUCUUGCUCUCCACCUUGAUCCAAAUGACCUCAGUGUUACUUCCAAACUUCACUGGGCAGCUUUAGUCCGCUGUAAAAAUGUAACCGUGCGACUUAGAGAGAAGCUCGCUGAGCUUCUCCCUCCCUAUGACCCUGCAAAAGGCAUCCCCAAACCCUCCCUGAUGCAGGACGUGGUGGGCCGUGUGUACCUGAGCAUGGCCCAGACUGAGCUCCAAAUAAAGGCCAACAAGGUCUGUGGCUUAUGGAAAGUACUAGAGGCUGGUUUAGCAUUUCUGGAUUCCACAACCUCUCCUGCCCUAAGACCUGUAAGAGCACAUCUUAUGGCAACCAAAGCCAUUGCAUCACUGAAGAUCUUGGCUGCAAAACAAGGCUGCAGGACUGAGGAACUUUUUUCAAAGUGCUGGACAUGGAAUGCACCAAAGGAGCAGAAGGACAUCAAAUCUGAGCAGAAAUCGGCUCCAUUCUCCAUACUAAAGAAGCUCAAACCUUCUAUUAAAAACCCAGAUGUUGCAGAGCAAAAACAGGAAUCAAAAAGAGCCAAAGCCGUCAAACCCAAGAUUCAAGUUACCAGGUCCUCAGCCAAAGGAAAGGUUCUGGUUCACAUGACACCAGUCAUUGCAAAGUCCAAGUCGUCUGCUGGAGUAUUUGAUUUCAACACAGCGGUUCCUACUUUAGCUUGCACUCCUGUUCAGAAGAUAAAAUGUCCUCCUUUGGGACAGAAGUGUUUAAAGCCUGCAGCGAAACUGCAGUUUCAAGUGUAUGAAGAAGUGUCGCCUGUUCAAGACAAGGUCCAGCUUGUGCCUGCAGCUCCUAAACGGACAAAAAAAUUACGUUUCAAGGUGGAAUGUAGUGAUGAAAGUGACUCUGAAUCAGCUCCCCAAGCACAGCUCAAAGUGUCUGCAGAUGUCCCUAAAAAGCGAACUUCUAGAAGAGCUGUUGCUGAUCCUAAAACGUCUGCAGAUCCACCUGCAGAGAAGACCGCCCCGAAGAGGCAGACCAAGGCCAAAAGGAGUGUUAUGGCGCCUCGUUCAACCUCUUCUGAGGAAGAUGAGCCUUUGCUUCUUAAGCCGGCGUCCAGCAGAAGAGGAAGAAGCAGAAAACGGCUAUCUAAGACCGAAGAAUCACCGGAUGAGCCUGACACAAUGAGGACCAUUGUGGAAGAAACUAAUGGAGUUCUGGAUGUAAGCAUCGAGCAGCUCAGGACGUCGGAUGUUGAGGAGGAUAAUAACUCAGCUGGAAGUAAAGACAACAUCGACUUUGAGGUGUUGAGGAGGGAUAUGUGCUCUGGUUUGGAGAAAGAAGGGCUGUUUGAAAAGUGGCGCAAUGACCACCCUACAGAAGAUCUAUUAACCAACAUCUCCAAUACAGACAGCAGGCCCGACAACCUUUCCUUGGAGGAUGUCCAGUCUCUGCUGCACUCAGCGCUGCUGACUCUUCAGCACUUCCCCUGCCCAACAAUCUAUCCAAACCUCUGUACUCUUCUCGCCUUGACCACGGGACAGAGCGACCCCAUAAGUACAGCAAUGUUGCAAGCCCAGUCUUUGGGAGUCACCAGUCGUCAUCGCUCAAUCCGCCACUUUAACUGUUCUCGCCAAAAACUGAAAAAGGCAUCCAGUGAUUUAGUUGAAAAAAUGGAUGCUCUGGCUCUAAAUGAGCCCAUUGGAGCCAUGUCCUCUACUUCUACUCAACAGAGGCUGGUGUCUGAGAUGGAGGAAAUCUUCUCCUUCCCCACUGCAGACCUCUGCUCUUUCCCCCAGAACCCGUGCCAAGAGUUUAUCCAACAAAUCCAACAGCUUCCACCAGGAGUAACUGUGUGUUUGAUGUCCGUGCUGGCAGUAAAACCGGGGGAAAUGGGGGACAGCAUAAUGCUGUCACGUCUGGAAAAGGACUUAUCUCCCAUCACACUUCAUAUCUCCACUUCUAGACAAGAGUUCAACAUUAGAUGGCUGGUGCAGGAGAUGGACAGCAUCCUGGUGGAACAAAAGGUUGUGAGUUGCGUGGCCGAAAAGGCGAAGUGGUGGGAGGCACGCCGAGCUCUUGACUGUCAGGUUCAUCAACUGCUAAAAGCAAUGGAGAGAUUGCUUGGAUGCUGGAAGAGCCUUCUCCUACCUCUCUCAUUGGAUCCAGAGCUCUCCAUGCAGGCUAAGGAACUUUGCAAGGCCUUGUCUAAGAGAGGAGUCACUGUGAGUGAGGAGAUGCUGAAGGUUGUGCUUUCAGCUUCUCAAUCCCUUUCUGAAAAAGACCUUAAAGGAUUUGGAUCAGGACUUUCUCCAAAUUGGGACAUGGCCUGUGAUCAUCUUUUCCGUGCAGCGGUGUCCCAGCUCUCAGAGAGAAAUGAGACCAGAGGUCAUGUGGUUCUCAUCUUGGACAAGUAUCUUCAGAGGUUGCCGUGGGAGAACAUGUCGGUCCUAAAGUCUCACUCUGUAAGCCGGAUGCCUUCACUGCAUUCUCUGCUUGGACUGAGCUUUCAGAAGGAGGUGGAUUCUCAGUCUAUCCUGAAGCACGGUGUGGAUCCAAGGAAGGUGUUUUACGUGCUGGACCCUGAUGGCAAUUUACCAAAUGCUCAGGAUCGGUUCAAGGAAUGGUUUUGCAGCAACCCAGACUGGCAGGGUGUGUGUGGUGUUCCUCCUGACUCUAAACAACUAGAAGAAGCUGUUGCUUCUAAGGACCUAUACAUUUAUGUGGGACAUGGUGCAGGAGCAAGGUUCCUGGACAGCCAGGCGGUCCUAAAGCAGCAGAUGAAAGCAGCCUCGCUGCUUUUAGGCUGUAGCAGCGCCGCCCUGGCUGUUAGGGGCAAUCAGGACGGACAGGGUAUCAUUCUGAACUACCUCAUAUCAGGAUGCCCCUUCAUUUUGGGCAACUUGUGGGACGUGACGGAUCGGGACAUCGAUCGCUUCACCAAAGUCCUGCUCGAGUCCUGGUUGGCUGCAGGAUCCGGAGCAUCUCUCAUGGAGUUCAUAGAUUCAUCACGUCAGGCUACUCGGCUUAAAUACCUCGUAGGAGCAGCACCCAUCAUCUAUGGGCUACCAAUUAACUUAAAGUAGGCCUGGAAGCCUUAAACCACCAAGCAACAAACACAAUAAACAUUUUGUUCAUCCACUCCUAUGAGGCUGUUUAUGAACUCUGAAUGUUUUAUCCAAUCAAUCAUUUUUUUGAAUUGUUGAUUUUUAAAAUUCCCAGUAAUGUUUUCAAGCUGAACUGUUGCAUAAUUUGAAUAAAUGAGCUUACACAAGCA